AUGGCUCUGAUCGCUGCGGGAGCAGCAGGCACAGCAGGCCUGGCCGCCUACCUCAACGCGAAAUUCCACAUCGUACACGACCUGAAACAUGCUCGUGGCGGUCUUGCACCCUCGCGGGAUGUGCUCGACUACAUGACUGAUCGGGCAAUGAAGAAACGGGUCCUGACAUACCAUGUGUGGGAAGACCAAGCUCUACACAACCGCCCGAACCAGUCGUUUCUAAUCUUCGAAGGCACGACAUGGACGUACAGAGAAUUUUUUGAAGCAAUCACCAGAGUCGGCAAUUGGCUUAUGAAUGACCUGGGUGUACAGGUCGGAGAGAUGGUCGCGAUUGACGGAGGGAACAGCCCAGAGUAUUUGAUGCUUUGGUUUGCGUUGGACGCUAUUGGCGCAAGUAUCAGCUACAUCAACUGGAAUCUGACAGGAGCUGGUCUCGUACAUUGUGCAAAGCUGUGCGAAACCAAGCACCUUAUUGCCGACAUUGACGUUAAGAGCCACGUUGAGGCGAGCCGGGGAGAGCUUGAGGAUCUUGGCCUUGAGAUCCAUUAUUACGACCCGACCUUCCUGGCUUCGUUGUCUGACAGUACGCCAAUUCCCGAAUCGCGACGGGAGAACGUUAGCGUAGACUCAGUCCGCGGUCUGAUCUAUACAAGUGGGACGACUGGACUGCCCAAGGGCGUGGUCAUGACUACAGGUCGUGACCUGCUCAUCGGAUACACGACAGCAAAAUACUUGGGCCUGAAACCGGAAGACAAGAUGUACACAUGCAUGCCGCUCUAUCACGGCGCAGCACAUGGCUUAUGUGUUACCCCUUGUAUACACGCUGGCAGCACUGUCGUACUGGGGAGGAAGUUCUCGCACAAGACGUUCUGGCCGGAGGUCGCAGCCUCAGGCGCAAAUCAUAUUCAAUAUGUCGGAGAGCUGUGCAGAUACCUACUCAACGGUCCUCCGAACCCUAGCGAGCGCACACAUAACGUCCAGGUAGCAUGGGGGAAUGGCAUGCGUCCAGAUGUGUGGGAGCCGUUCCGCGAGCGUUUCAACAUACCUAUCAUUCAUGAGCUCUACGCAGCUACUGAUGGACUCGGCGCAACCUUCAACCGAAACGCUGGGCCAUUCACGGCGCACACCAUUGGUCUUCGAGGGUUGAUCUGGAACUGGAGAUUCAGGAACGAAGAAGUCAGAGUGAGGAUGGACGUGGAUACCGAAGACAUCAUGCGUGACAACAACGGCUUUGCGAUACGAUGUGGUACAAAUGAGGCAGGGCAGGUCUUGCAUCGAUUGACUCCAGAAACAUUGCCAGGUGUUCCGGGGUACUAUAACAAUGCGAGUGCGACAGAGAAGCGGAGAAUGACGGACGUCUUCCAGAAGGGAGACAUGUGGUUCAAGUCCGGCGAUAUGAUGCGGCAAGACACCGACGGACGCGUCUGCUUUGUUGAUCGACUGGGCGAUACGUUCCGCUGGAAGUCGGAAAACGUAUCGACCAACGAAGUGUCUGACAUGGUCGGCAAGUUUCCGCAAAUUGCAGAGACCAAUGUCUACGGGGUGCAGGUUCCAGGCUACGAUGGACGCGCAGGUGCCGCCUCUAUUGUGAUGGCCGAGGGAGUAACGCUGUCUACAUUUGACUUCCAGGCUCUAGCAAGACAUGCUCGAGCUGUAUUGCCUGGGUAUGCUGUACCGCUCUUUCUGAGGGUGACGCCUGCGCUGGAGUACACAGGGACGAUGAAAAUUCAGAAGGGGAGGCUGAAGAGGGAAGGUGUAGAUCCCAACAAGAUCACUGGCGAAGAUAAACUUUACUGGUUGCCGCCAAGUAGCGAUCGUUAUCAGCCAUUUGGGAGGAAGGACUGGGAAACCAUCAAAAACAGAAGCGUGAGGCUGACAUAG